AUGAUUUUCAUAGUUUCAUGUUUAUACACAUUGUGUGCUGUAUACAGCACUAUAAUAGCAUACGAUCUUAAAGAAACAAAAAGUGAAGUGAUAAAAUUAAAGGGAGAUAUCUAUAGAGAGAAAAGAAAAUGUGAGUUAUUAAUGGAAAAAGUUGAACAACGAGUGGAAAAUGAAGAGAAAGUUAUUAAGAAUUUAAUUAUGGAGAAGGGAAAAGAAAAAAAGAAGUGCAGCCUUUUAUUGAAAGAAAAAAGUUUAAAUUUGAUCAUUUAUCAGUCCAAUUCGACAGGGCUGAAUACCGAAACCUUUUGCCUUGGAGUUACCACUGUUAGGAUACCAACAGGAAAAGGAAAAGGAAAAAAUUAUAAUAACUUUGAAGAAGAGUGCGCCAAACGUCAGGGGAUAAUAGUAAUUAACAAUAAAGACAAUUUAUGUUUGGCUCGCGCCUUGGUGGUAGCCAAAGCUUUUGUGGACAAGACCCCGAAAGCCUGUCUUAAAUUUCGAGAACAGAUGAUGACCACCACCAAUGUUUGUCCCUUUACCGAUGCCUGCACCAUAGCCUCCGCUUGCAAUAAAGUGUUUAGGAGAAAUUUUCUCAAACCAAACACCAUAGGUAUUAUUCCCAAAGGCGGCUAUCGAUUUAAAGACAAUCAAUCGCUUAUUGCUUUAAAAUGGCUUAUAUGGGAGGAGAAGGAGCGAAAAAUCGUCAUACAACAUGCUGCUAGGGGACAAGAGGCAAUUUUAUCGGGGCAUUUAUCAGUCCAAUUCGACAGGGCUGAAUACCGAAACCUUUUGCCUUGGAGUUACCACUGUUAG